UAAAUAAAUAAAUAGUGUUAUAAGCUACAAAUUCAUCAUGCCGAAUGAAAUGAUAACGCUACAGCUUGGCCAAUGUGGCAACCAGAUUGGCUUUGAAUUCUGGAAGCAACUAUGCAUAGAGCACGGGAUAUCGCCGGAAGGCAUCCUGGAGGAGUACGCGACGGCAGGGCUGGACCGGAAGGACGUGUUCUUCUACCAGGCAGAUGAUGACCACUAUAUACCCAGGGCAGUGCUGUUGGAUCUGGAGCCUAGGGUUAUACACACUAUUAUGAACUCGCCAUAUGCCAAGUUAUAUAACCCAGAAAAUGUGUACCUGUCCAAACAUGGCGGGGGCGCCGGCAACAACUGGGCUUCGGGGUACGCACAGGGGGACAAGUUGAAUGAGGAAGUGUUCGACAUCAUCAAUAGGGAGGCUGACGGCAGUGACAAUUUAGAGGGUUUUGUGGUGUGCCACUCAAUAGCCGGAGGCACGGGGUCGGGCAUGGGCUCCUACAUCCUGGAGCACCUCUCCGACCGGUUCCCCAAGAAGCUGGUGCAGACAUACAGUGUCUUCCCUAAUUUAGAUGAAAUCAGCGACGUCGUAGUACAGCCGUACAACUCCCUCCUCACCCUGAAGCGCCUCACAGAGAGCGCGGACUGCGUCAUGGUGCUCGAUAACACCGCGCUCAACAGAAUCGCCAGCGACCGCCUGCACAUCCCAAACCCCUCCUUCACACAGAUCAACACACUGGUCUCAACCAUCAUGUCCGCCAGCACCGCCACGCUCAGGUAUCCCUCGUACAUGAACAACGACCUGAUCAGUCUAGUGGCACCUCUCAUCCCCACCCCGAGGCUUCACUUCCUCAUGACCGGGUACACACCGCUCACCGCUGAUCAUCUGGUGCAUGUGGCGCCAAAGAUCCGCAAGACCACGGUGCUGGACGUGAUGCAGCGGCUGCUCCAGCCCAAGAACAUGAUGGUUUCCCUCAGCCCGGACCGCGCCAACCAGCACUGCUACAUCUCCAUUCUCAACAUCAUACAGGGCGAAGUAGACCCGUCACAAGUGCACAAGUCCCUGCAACGUAUCCGAGAGCGUAAACUAGCGAACUUCAUCCCUUGGGGGCCUGCUUCAAUACAAGUAGCCCUCUCGCGGCGUUCGCCACACGUGACCUCAUCUCACAAGGUGUCGGGCCUGCUGCUCGCCAACCACACGAAUAUCAGCUCGCUAUUCGACCGCUGCCUCCAGCAGUACGACAAGCUCCGCAAGCGCGAGGCGUUCAUCGACGUGUUCCGCAAGGAGCCCAUGUUCCGCGACUCGCUCGACGAGUUCGACGAGUCCCGCUCCGUGGUGGACUCGCUGGUGCGGGAGUACCACGCCGCCGCCACGCCUGACUACGUGCACUGGACGCCUGAGAGCGGUCAGCUAUAAUCUGCAGAAGCGUGAAGUUUCCAAAGGUGCAAAUGGAAGUAUUCUGACUCACAAAUCGUUAAUGAUCUAACCAGUGCCAUCGUAUGCAUUUAUCUGAUUAACUCGAAUAAUUAAAGACACUGUGAUUAAAUGCCAAUUGUUAGUAGCGACAGAAUUUUGAAAAUAACGUAGUCUCGGAAUAUAAG